AAGUAUUCAGCUAUCUAUACUCGCAGCCCUUCACUUUAUCUUUUAGUUUUGACAAAUUCUCAGUUUUAAAGUGCAAUUCCUCCUAAAUCCAACGUCAACGCUGAACUCUCUCUAUCUAUAUAAUCACAUACUCUUACAUAUCCAUAACAAAAUUAUCUAAGAGUCUAAGAUAUAUAUUUUCAGAACCAUUUCUUACUCCAAAGCCAAAACAAAGUAUAACUGUGAGUGUAACAAACAUGGAUACUAAUUACAAAACCAAUAUGCAUGUAAUGAGGAGUUUUUCAGAUUGUGGUUCAUCAGUUACAGAUGUAAGUCAAGAAGAUACUAUGGUAAUAAAGAAAGGUCCAUGGACAGAAGAGGAGGAUACUAUUCUGAUGAACUAUGUGGCAGUCCAUGGAGAUGGUCAUUGGAACUCCGUGGCUCGCUGUUCGGGUCUAAAGAGAACCGGGAAAAGCUGCAGAUUAAGAUGGUUGAACUAUUUGCGUCCAAAUGUUCGACGUGGGAACAUCACUCUCCAAGAACAAGUCUUGAUCCUUGAUCUUCAUUCCCGUUGGGGAAAUCGGUGGUCUAAAAUAGCGGAACAAUUACCGGGAAGAACCGACAAUGAAAUAAAGAACUAUUGGAGAACAAGAGUGGUGAAGCAAGCUAGGCAACUAAAAUGUGAUGUAAACAGUCAACAGUUUAGGGACACAUUGCGUUACGUAUGGAUUCCACGUCUUAUCGAGAGAAUCCAAUCUUCUGGUGCAACUGCAGAUACUAAUUCCUAUAGCCACGGACAAAUCACCACUUGCAAAAAUACUAAAGCUCAUAGUGAAACUUGUGGGGCAAAUGCAAAUCCUCCAAUGUUGCAGUCUGAGGUUUCAUCGUACUCGUCAGGGGUUGAAGUUCAAGUAGAAUCAAACGUAUCUUACAAUUUAAUGGAUUGUGCAGAACUGGGAUCCACGUGGCAGGACUGGAACUGUUUAGACUCAAACAUCCAAGAAUUUGAACAGAGCAAUGUUUUUGGUGAUUCAGAAUUGUGGACAGAUGAAAACAUAUGUUUCUUGCAGCAACAAUUGGCUGAUGAUUUAUGAUCCAGUUUUUUACACUAGGCAUUAACAAGUUAUAUUUAAGUUAGUGACAUUGUUAAAUUUAAUGGCAUUGUUGAGUAACUGAUUGUUUGUAAUUGUCCUACUCUUACAUUGAGAAUUAUAAUUGUGUAAUUGUAGUGCAUAUCUCUAAUUA